GUGGGGGACAGGAGGGGCGGGUAAGGGCUGAGGCGCCCGGCGGCGAGCGGGGAGGCUGGAGCCAGCUGAACGACGGGACACUGUAGGAUGCUCCGCGAUGUCCUAGGGAAAACCUUCCGCUUUCUGGGUUACACUGUGCAAUAUGGCUGCAUAGCACACUGCGCCUUUGAGUACCUUGGAGGAAUUGUUGUGUGUUCUGGACCUUCAAUGGAACCAACCAUUCAAAAUUCUGAUGUUGUGUUUUCAGAGAACCUGAGCCGCCACUUUUAUUGCAUCCGAAAAGGAGAUAUUGUAAUUGUGAAAAGCCCAAAUGACCCCAAAUCAAAUAUCUGUAAAAGAGUAAUUGGCUUGGAAGGGGAUAAAGUCUGCACAAGCAACCCUUCAGAUUUCCUUAAGAGUCACAGCUAUCUGCCCCGCAGACAACCGGUUCUGCCUGAGAACUGCUGCUCCUUGGAAAUAAAUCCUCGGAUAAUCUGCACAAAACCAGAGGCACAGGGGUUGCUCAGGCAAAGGGAGGAGUCUGCAGACAAUCAGAGCUGGGCUUGCACAGCUUUGCAGUGUUUUAGAUUGAGUCCUGAUUCUGCAAAGGUUGAUACUCCAACUGAACUUUAUUCCAUGUUGUAGUGAAGUGCCUAGAUGGUGGACAGACACCACACAAAGGUGCCUAAAGGACAUGUUUGGUUAGAAGGUGAUAAUCUCAGGAAUUCUACAGAUUCCAGGUGCUAUGGCCCCGUUCCUUACGGACUGAUAAGAGGA